AUGUCUGAAGACGUAGUCUACGCCGAUGUCAAACUUGCCAGAAAAAAUGUUUCCCCUUCAGCCCCAUCGCCAUCCCAGGAUUUGCGCCCAUCCUCAAAGUAUCACAGGACUCUUCUGAAAGUGGCUUACGCUGUGAUAGUUAUCCUCUUCGUGGUAGUGAUAGCACUGAGUGCUCUAGUUUUUAAACGAAUUAAUUCAAUGGAAUGUUCGAAAGCUGAAGCAGGAAGUCCAAACGGAAGCACUAGUUGUGCUGGAACACGUCCAGAUAAAAACGCUCCCUCAACAGUGGUACCCACUCAACGAACGUGCCCAGAUGACUGGAAGUUGCACCAAGGGAAAUGCUAUUGGUUUUCCAAUGGAAUUGGAAACAAAUCCUGGAAGGACAGUAAAGCCUACUGUGAGGAGAAGUCAAAUCUGACUGUGAUUUGGGAUACGUGUGACUUGGGCUUCAUCUGGUCAAAGAUAUCCCAGUCACACAAAUAUUGGAUCAGGCUGCCCAUUCAAAACCCCAGAGACAACUGGACCUGGCCAGAAGGCUCUGACCUCAACUGGAGUCUGUUCCAGGAGAAGCAGGUGGUUAAACAACUUGGAAAGAACAGCCCCUCAGAUAAAAACAAUGAGGAGCAGGAAAAUGAAAACCGUGAAAAGGACAAAGCCCCAAAACCACGGAACAAGGAGAAGGAGGAAAAAAAACAUGGAAAAAACAACCCCAGAUAUAAAAGGAACAAGGAGCAGGAGGAUAAAAGUGGAAAAAGGAGUACCCUCUCAUAUAAAAAGAAACAGUGCCCUGUGCUCUCACGGGAUGGGAUUUAUCUUGACAGUUGUAACAGUAAAAAUUUCUGGAUCUGCCAGCAGUAGUGUGGCCCCCUGAGCCCCAGCAUGCCCUGGGACUCGGGGAAUGGGGUGGGGAAUGUCCUUUGGCUUUUGUCCUUUUCAUUCUGUAUGAGCUGUAUGUAGGAGACAGCAGGAGAGAUGUCAAUCAACAGCAGGAAAGAAGCAGCAUGGCCUACUGGAGAGAA